UUCCUUUGCUCUCUCAUUCCCACACAGAGACUCGUCGCUCUUCGCUUUUUCUUCUCUCUUUCUUUUUUAGCCAGUAGUGAUCUUACGAAGCUUUCUUUAGUAGAGAGAAAAGCAUAUACGCUUUGUUGUCUUUCUUAAUCCGACUGAUAAGUCCUUAGGAUCAGAUGGAACAAUGGGUGGCUCCUCAAAACAAGAAGGUCCAUCUUUAGUUUGAUUGAGGGAUUUGGAUCUGACUGAACUGAGUUCAUCAACUUUGUCGGAUAUACAUUUGCUUUGUGUGAAUUUGGAUUUCUUGCCCUGAAUGGCGUCCGAGGAUUUGAGUGUUGUUGCGGAAUCAAAGAAAGAGGAAGAGAAUGUUAUUGUUGAUAAUUCCAAGGACAUGACUAGACCUGAGAAUCUUGACUUAUCUACCGAGAAAACUGAUAAUGUCAAUGAGAAUGUUCCAAAAGAUGAAGCUUCUACGCUGCUAAAGGAAGCAGACCUCCCUGAGUCUGGUACUUCAGUGAAGAGUAAAACAGCUAAGGAUAGUAAACCUGUUAAGAGAAAGUCAGGGACCUUUUCUCGCAGCCCGAGAUUCAUGUCUCAGAGCUCUUCAUUUCCAACCAAAGGAGCUUAUACUGAUAUUACUAGAAAGAGUAUUGAUGCAACAACAUCAAAGACUAGUCUUAAACCCGUCGUUGCAGGUGGAUCCAAACCAAAAGCCACUCCAUCUUAUAGCAGCGGUGUUUCCACUAAGCGCACCGGUGUAGUAUCUGCCCCCCUCAAAAAGCAAACUUUGCCGGUGAAACCCAUUUCUAGGGAUUCAGCGUCAGGCCCUACUUCCAAAUUAGGAGAUGAAGGUUCUAAAUCCAUUAAAGAAGAAACGGCGGGGAAAGACAUUGAGGAAACCGGUUCAACCACCGCUGUGGUGGCAGAUAAAGUAUCUAAACCGAUGAAAGUUGAAAUGGCAAACAAGGAAGAUGAGGACACACGUUCAACUACCACUUCAACUUCUACACCUCGUGGGCGGAGAAGCAGUGUUGGGUCGGCAUCUGGAUUUUCGUUCAGGUUGGAGGAACGGGCUGAAAAAAGAAAAGAGUUUUAUAUGAAACUGGAAGAGAAGAUCCAUGCAAAGGAAGUAGAGAAGACGAAUUUGCAGGCGAAAUCAAAGGAGAGUCAGGAAGAAGAGAUCAAAAGGUUGAGGAAGAGCUUGACGUUCAAGGCUGGUCCCAUGCCCAGCUUCUACAAAGAGCCUCCCCCUAAGGUUGAAUUAAAGAAGAUACCAACUACUCGUCCUAAAUCUCCAAAGUUAGGACGCAGAAAGAGUAGUAGCGACGCAACAGGAGGUGAAGCGGCUCCUCGUGUGACGAAACCAAAAGACUCAUCAUCAUCUACACUGAAGAAACCCAUAACAAAGUCUCAGCCAAAGCUUGAAACUCAAGAGAAGUCAGUGAAGGCGAAAGAAAAGAAAAAGGAAGUGAAGAAAGAAGAAGUAGAGAAGAGAGGAGAGGAAGAGAAGGCUUCUCCUGCUGUGGCUGCGAAAGCUGGAGAGAUGAAACCGAACUCCAACAACAUCCAAGUGAAGGCUGAGAUAAUGGCAAGUGAGGUUGCAGUGGGGGGCUGAUCUGAGCAAAGUGAGCAUUUAGCAGCGAUAUCUAAUGUCUGCUUCUUCUUUUUUUCUUUCUUAAAGCAUUAAUGUGAAUAGAGUUGUUGCAUUGCGUCUACUUUUUCAAGAGUUUACUUCAUUCCUUCAGUUUAUUUUUUGGAAAAUUAAAGCCUCAAUUGCUUCUUAAGAUGGUCUCUAAUGUGUUGAGCUCAAAAAUGUAAACUUAUACAUAUAUUAUGAGGAUGGAAAUAUGUGUGAAUUGUGAAGAGUAAAA